UCGAAAAUUUACUCAUGUAAUGGUCAAUAGAUGAAUAUUACGGGGAAUUCCUGGAAACUUUUAGAAACACUUAAGAAAUACUAGUAUAUUGUAAUUAUUUAAAUAUUUUCGGUCAAAAUUUAUGAUUUAUCUUAAUACUAUUAGUAAUUGUGAUCGGACACAUGAGAUGAUAAAAUAGGAAAAUCUUAUCAAAAGUGCAUAGCAACCAACCAAAAAUGAGUUGGUGGGGAAUGAACGUGCCAUCGAAGGUUAAGCAUUUUAUGUGGAGGUUCGCUAGAAACUUACUUGCCACUGGGGACCAUCUAAGCACCCGAAGUGCACUGUUUCGGAAUGAGGGAGGACUCUUUGAGCCUUGAAUGGGUAACAAAGGUGGCUGAGAAGGUUUCGGAGACAGAAUUCGAACACUGGAGCAUUUUGAUGUGGAUGUUGUGGAAGGAGAGGAAUACCCAGUGUUUUAAUGGGGACAAGCUCGCAGAGGAAUUGAAGAUGUGGUGCCAAGAGUUGUUGCACUGCUUGAUGAAUACAGACAACAACAGAGUGUCUUCAAUCCUGGGCAGCAAUGCGAUAAUGGACGCCACUGGACGAGACCGACUCCUGGAAAAGUGAAGCUCAAUACUGACGCGGGCUUGUGUGCUAAUGGCAGCGGCUUAGGGGGUGGUAGUGAGAGAUGCAAAUGGUAAAUUUUUGAUGGCGGCAGCAAAGAGAAGUAGGGGUGAACAAAAUACAGAACUGGGAGAAGCUUUGGCAGCCGAGCUUGGGUUACAAUUAGUUCGUCAACACCAGCUUGGAGUACCUACUCUUGAGAUGGACAGUGCGGAAGUGUUGUCUUGCAUUGGAAGAGCCGAUCAAAACCAUACAGAGCUAGGAUUGAUCUGCAAAAAUAUUAAAAUGCUCCUUGAGGAGCUGGGAGAUGGGGAAUACAAGCAUGUCUAUCGAACAACGCAUGCAGCGGCUCAUAUUAUGGCACACGUGGAGACGAGAUGGAACGAGGUCGAAGUCUGGUUUGAUCGACCUCCUAUGUGUUUGCUUGACCAGCUGGAGCUGGAUUCUGUAAUGGCUUCACACUCUUAAUAAAGCAUAGCGCAGAUUUCUAUAAAAAAACCAAAAAUUAGUGCACCAAAACAAUGAUUACUCUUGAUUCAACAUAUACUAGAAAGUGAAUAUCGCGUCAAGCCGCGAUCACCGUGAAAGACUUUUAUAUCAAUGAUUAAAGGGCCGUUUAUUAAUUUGUUGUGUCAAAGUUUUAGAUUAUAUGUUAUUGAUGAAUUUAUCGGUUGAAAAAUAAAUAGUAGAUCAAACCACAUAAAAUAGGGAAAAUGACGCAUUUAGCAUUUAUAUUAGGAUUCAUAGUUGUUCACGGAUUGAGUAGCAUGUUAGCAAAUACAUAUAAAUAGACAUUUUCUUCGAAAGGAGGAAGGUAUCCCAAUGAUGAAGACUGUGCAACGACACUGCGAAAAUAAACAUUCUUCUGUCGAGAUCCAUCAUAGUUCUUAAGUAGAGAAGUUCUUUUGAAAAAGUAGACGAAGUGCGUUGAAAACAUUUUUUGCUAAAGAAAAACUGAGAUGAGCGAGCAAUGCGAGUACACAUAAACCAUUUCUUUGAGUUGAGAUCUAUUGUCGUUUUCAAUUCGAGAAGUGCGUGGGGAGAAUGCAUGUAAACAGCCUAGGCAUGGUUUUUCAUGGAAGAGUAGGAAGUAAUGGGGAGAAGACUUAUUUUGUCUAUUGUGAAGAUAAAUAGUUUAAGUUCAGGAUCCACUGUGAAUAUUAAAUAGAACAAUGUUAAGAAACCCCAAAAACAUGUCAAGAUCAUCGCCAUUUACAAUUGUGGAGUAAUGAAAGAAAAUAUAUGCAAUAGAAGGCUGGGACUUACAAUGAGACUUUUUGGCAAGCAAACCAUGUUUUCUAGAUAAUGCGACUUUUAAAUGUCGAAGAUAAUGUCACCACGAAAAUAAUGGUAUUGUUCAAUCAUCAUCCUCAAAUUGGAAAAUACACCACGAAAACAUAUGUAAUAAGGAUCGAAAGAUGUGCAAAGAAAGUGACUAUAUAGGUGGAGUAAUCUACAUCUUCUAAUUGCUAAGCACUUAGAAAAAAUAUGCAAUAACGGUUCCAAAAAUAAUUUUAUUGGGAAAAAAAGACGAUUGCACAAAAAUACAAUAGAAAUAGCCACACUUAGGUCAAGUUAAAAAAAGUAUGUCUCAAAUGGUGUGUUCAAAAAAUAAAUAGGAGCAACAUGCAAGUUUUUAGGCAACAGUAACUUGCAUUUUGCUUUAUAUAUAUAUAUAUAUUAAUAUUUAUUUUAGGCAACAGUAACUUGCAUGUACACCACCAAAAAUUAGGCUCUGCAGUCUGCAUCAUAUAAUUUUGGGUUAUAGGUAUAAUAUGCCCUUCUACUAUGACGUUUUAUCAAACAUGUCCUUCAACUAUUUUUUACAUUAAAUAUGCCCUGUAAUUUGGAAAACUUAUCAAACAUGCCCUUUUGUUAAAACAUUUCCAUCCAAAAAUCGUUAACCAAGACCGAACUUUGGUUCGGGCGACCCAAAUAUCUAAAAUAUCUCUAAUAAUUUCACUUUAGAGUU